GGGGGGCGCGCGCGCGCGCGCGGGAAAGUCGGGCCGGAGCCCCGAGGCCCUGCCCAGCCCUGCCCGGCCCGGGACCCGCCGCCAGCUGCCAGGUGUCCCCGUGGACGUAGCCGGGUCCGCGCCCUCCCGGCCGGGCGGGCCAGGAUGAAGGUCAUCACCUGCGAGAUCUCCUGGCACAAUAAAGAGCCCGUCUACAGCCUGGACUUCCAGCACGGCCCCGACUGCAAGAUCAACAGGCUGGCCUCGGCCGGGGUGGACACGGCCGUCCGCGUCUGGAAAGUGGAAAAAGGACCGGACGGGAAAGCCAUGGUAGAGUUUCUGUCCAACCUCACGCGCCACACCAAGGCGGUCAACGUCGUCCGCUUCUCCCCCAGCGGCGAGAUCCUGGCGUCGGGCGGAGAUGAUGCCGCCAUACUGCUGUGGAAGGUGAAUGACAACAAGGAAGCCGAGCCGGUAGCUCUUCAGGAGGAGGAUGAGGCUCAGCUGAACAAGGAGAACUGGACCGUCAUUAAAACUUUGAGAGGGCACUUAGAAGACGUGUACGAUAUCUGCUGGGCCACGGAUGGGAAUUUAAUGGCGUCUGCUUCGGUAGAUAACACGGCCAUCAUCUGGGAUGUCAGUAAAGGACAAAAAGUCUCCAUAUUUAAUGAGCACAAGAGUUACGUGCAAGGAGUAAGCUGGGAUCCUUUGGGCCAGUAUGUAGCCACACUGAGCUGCGACAGGGUGAUGCGAGUGUACAGCACGCAGAAGAAACGAGUGGCCUUUAACGUCACAAAGAUGCUGUCCGGAACAGGGGCCGAAGGAGAGGCUAAAAGUUACCGGAUGUUCCACGACGACAGUAUGAAGUCUUUCUUUCGCAGACUCAGCUUCACGCCCGACGGUUCUUUGCUUCUUACACCAGCUGGUUGUGUGGAAUCAGGAGAAAACGUCACAAACACCACAUAUGUCUUCUCCAGGAAAAACCUCAAAAGGCCUAUCGCUCAUCUACCUUGUCCUGGAAAAGCAACUCUGGCUGUCCGCUGCUGCCCGAUCUAUUUCGAGUUGAGGCCCGUCAAUUCAGACAAAACGCCGGAAGACUGUAGUCCAGAGCUGUUUAAGCUGCCCUACCGGCUGGUGUUCGCUGUGGCUUCGGAAGACUCGGUGCUUUUCUACGACACACAGCAGAACUUCCCUUUCGGCUACGUCUCUAAUAUUCACUACCACACGCUGAGCGACAUCUCGUGGUCCAGCGACGGGGCCUUCCUGGCCAUCUCGUCCACGGACGGCUACUGCUCCUUUGUCACUUUCGAGCCGGGCGAGCUGGGCGUGCCCUUGAAGGAGAAGCCGGUGCUCGGCGUGAAGACGCCCAACCCCGUGGAGAAGAAGGCGAAGAGCCAGGCCCAGCGCGGGGUCUCGCCAGUGCCCAGGCCCACCGAGGGAACGCCCCCAGUUAGAACCCGAGACCCCGGCACCCCCUCGCCGCCCCUCCAGGCCAAACAGCCUCCGGCCCUCCCGGGACCCAGGGAGCCUUCCUCCACCCCUCCCGGGGGCCGGAGCUCUGCCACCCCACCCUCGGAGGAGCGGAGAGACCCGCAGCCUGGCGGCGGUCACCCCGGGAAAGGGAAGCAGCCCCGGAGGGUCACUCUCAACACCUUACAAGCCUGGAGCAAGUCCACGCCACGGAGAAUAAGCUUGAUGCCUCUAAAGCCGGACCCUCCAGCCAGCGACGCUCCGGGCCAGGCGGCUCCCACGCCGUCCGCGGACACCGUCCAGCCAGAGCUGUCGGAUGACCCUGAGUGCAAGCCUCCAGAAUCCAAACGCCCCAGACUGGCUCCUGAGAAGCCCCUCCUCGAGUCUCCCGAAAGCGAAGCUGCCGUCAGUUCAAGCAGCUGAAACCUCACCAUCUGGCAGACUCUGGCGGACUGGGCGCGGCGCCCCAAAGUCAGGAGGCGACCCCCGGGGCGGGGCCGGCCUGCGGGAGCAGUGGAGCGACCCCCUUGCCCCCCCAACCCCGGCAAUGGCAGCUGGCUGCUGGGCCUCGGACACUUGAUUCCUGCAGCAGAAGAGACUGAUCUGUCGCAGCUUCAUUUUCGGCCCAAUACCGUUGUUUCAGAGCCAACACAAUUUUUGCUUGGAGGCAGGAAUAAAUAAAAAAAAGAUACCGUAUAA